UUUAAAGAGCUGCGUCAGGAGCUCUGCACUGCUGCUGGAUGGAGACAAAUUAGCCCGGAGCUAAUGUUAGCCGCCAAACAUCAACAGGAAGUAACGGACUCAGUUUAACAGCAAUGUCUUGCACUUUGAGUUCUCCAGGCAUGAACUGUAACUUGGAGAAGGUCUUGGCAGAUGCCAAAUCAUUAGUGGAAAGGCUUCGUAACCAUGACAAUGCUGCUGAGAUGUUAAUCGAACAGACAACAUCGCUCAACAAGAGAGUGGAAGCCAUGAAGCAGUACCAGGAGGAGAUCGACUCAUUGAACCAGGUUGCACGACAUCGUCCACGUUCAAGUCUGGUCCUGGGAAUCCAACAGGAAAACCGUCAGAUCAGAGAGCUCCAGCAGGAAAACAAAGAGCUACGGACAUCGUUGGAGGAGCACCAGUCUGCGUUAGAGCUCAUCAUGACCAAAUACAGGGAGCAGGUGUUCAGGCUCCUAAUGGCCAGCAAGAGGGACGACCCCGCCAUUGUGACCCAGCUGAAGGAGCAGCACACCACGGAAAUGCAAGCACACAUAGACAAGAUCAAUGAGAUGGCCUCUGUGAUGAGGAAGGCCAUAGAGGUGGAUGAGGGUCGGACAUGUGAAGACGAAGAGAGGAUUAAACAGCUCGAGCUGGAGAACAGUGGACUCCGAGAGCUGCUGGGAAUCAGCCGCGAGGCUUUCUUGAUCCUGAAGAGAGAAGACGCAUCAGAGAGCACGUCGCUGUCGCCGUUGCUGACCAGCGCUGACGUCAGCUUACGAAAGAGUUAAAGAGCCCUCCUCCUCCUCCUUCCACUACUACUGCUGCCAUUACUGUUUAUACUUCACCUAAAGAUUUUAACAUCUCCCUUCUCCUGGACCAUGUAUAGCAUGAUGCUCCAGAGAUGUGUCCAGACAUAAGCAGUGUGUGCACACACACACACUUUUUUUUUUGUUGGUACGUUCUGUUAUGUUUGCUAAUUUUUUUGCCAGCAUGCAUGAGUCUGUGGUGCCUGCAAGGUUUUAAUGUGUGAAUGGGUAAAAGAAGGGCUUGAGUUGAAAUAAACCUGUAAACAUGAACUUA